GCAAAUUUCCACCCUCUUAUUUCCUUUCACAGGCAGAAACCUCUCUCUCUAAUCAGCCAUUUCUCUCUCUAGAAAAAGAACUACUUUUUCUUGGGGAUGUAACUGCAUUGGACAAAAAAAGCACAAACUUGGGAUUCUCCAAAGUUACAAUUUUUAAAGUUUGUUUUGCUGGAUUUUGUAUUGAAAAUCGUAGUGUAAGAUACAAAAAUGUCGAAUACAUGGUAUUGCCAGCCUCUGAGGAAGCUAGAGGCUUACUCCCUUCAACAAUGUCAGCCAUUAAACCACCAACAGCUAUGGAGUUACAACAACAUCAGCAACGGCAAUGGGUGCUCGAUUCUCGUCUCUCAGGACCGGUUUUGCACGCUGGAAUCGUCCACGCUGACCUCAGCUUCAACGGUCAGUCUGUCGCCCAAUGAGAGCUCGUUGUCUCAGCAAGAGUCUCAGUCGUACCCUGCGGGUCUGCUGCAGGUCAACGAGGGCUGUGCGGCCGAGGAGGAAGAUGUGGAUGAGUUGAAGCACAAGCUCAAGGAGCUGGAGACCGUGAUGUUCGGGCCGGAUGUUGAUAUCCUCGAUGAUUCUGGCGUGUCGACUAGGUUAGCCUCCGCGGAGAUAGACAGCUGGAGGCAGCUGAUGGAGGUGAUACCGCGGGGGGACUUGAAGCAGCUGCUCGCGGCCUGUGCAAAGGCCGUGUCGAACUGUGAUUGGCUGAUGGCACAGUGGCUGAUGUCCGAGCUGCGGCAGCUGGUGUCGGUCUCUGGUGCGCCCGUGCAGCGCCUGGGCGCGUACAUGCUGGAGGGGCUGGUGGCGCUGCUGAGCGCCUCCGGCAGCUCCAUCGGCAAGUCGUUGAAGCUGAGGGAGCCUGCUAGCUUUGAGCUGCUCUCUUAUAUGCAUAUGUUGUAUGAGGUGUGCCCUUAUUUCAAGUUUGGUUAUAUGUCAGCAAAUGGUGCCAUUGCAGAGGCAAUGAAGGAUGAGAAUAGGGUUCACAUUAUUGAUUUCCAGAUAGGUCAGGGGAGCCAGUGGGUGCCUCUGAUUCAGGCCUUCGCGGCCCGGCCCGGAGGGCCCCCGCACAUCCGGAUAACGGGCGUGGACGACCUACGUCCUGCCUAUGCCCGUGGGGGAGGGUUGAACAUGGUGGGGAGGAGGCUGGCUAAGCUUGCUCACAGCUUCAAGGUCCCCUUCACGUUCCACGCGGUGCCCAUGCCGGCGUGCGAGGUUCGGGCCGAGAGCCUCGGGAUCCGGGCCGGGGAGGCCCUGGCCGUGAACUUUGCCUUCAUGCUGCACCGGAUGGCCGACGAGAGCGUGAGCACGGAGAACCACAGGGACAGGCUGCUGAGAAUGGUGAAGGGGCUUAACCCUAAGGUGGUGACACUGGUUGAGCAUGAGCUCAACACCAACACCGCUGCUUUCUACCCUCGAUUCGUCGAGGCGCUGGAUUAUUACACGGCGAUGUUCGAGUCCAUCGACGUUACCCUAGCCCGGGAGCACAAGGAGAGGAUAAACGUCGAGCAGCACUGCCUGGCGAGAGAUGUCGUGAACAUCAUAGCUUGCGAGGGGGCCGAGAGAGUCGAGAGGCACGAGCCACACGGGAAGUGGAGAUCGCGCCUCACCAUGGCCGGCUUCAGCCCGUGCCCGUUGAGCUCGCUGGUGAACGCCACCAUCAAGACUCUGCUGCAGAACUACUGCGAUAGAUAUAGCCUUGCAGAGAGAGAUGGAGCUCUGUUUCUUGGCUGGUUGAAUAGAGACUUAGUUGCUGCUUCUGCGUGGAAGUGACCAAGCAAAAUAGAGCUUUACCUUUUUUACUUAUAGCAAAAUAAGUUCUUUACCAACUCUACUACAUUACUAUUACAAGAAAUCUGGUCUUUUUUAGCCUCU